GUUUCAGGUAAACUAUGACCACUUUACUAUUCGUGUUUGUGUGUUUGCGAGUCAUCACUGCAGCCAUCUCUGUGGAAGUUUCAGAUCAUGGUAACACACUGAGUGUGAGCAUACCUGAACGGUCUCCCCUGCGUGUCAUCCUGGGAAACUCUCUGACCAUCCCCUGCUACUUCAUCGACUCAUUGGAUCACGUCACCACAGCCCCCUAUACUCCUCCUCUGACCCCAAGAAUCAAAUGGAGCAGACUCUCCAAUGGGAAGGAAGUCGUCUUACUAGUGGCCACAGAGGGGCAAGUUCGAAUCAACACUGAGUACAAGGAGGUGAUCUCUCUGCCCAACUAUCCUGCCAUCCCCACCGAUGCCACCUUGGAAAUCAAAGCGCUGAGGUCCAACGACACUGGGGUCUAUCGUUGCGAGGUGAUGCAUGGUAUUGAGGACAGCCAGGAUACGAUAGAGGUCAUAGUGAAAGGAAUCGUGUUCCAUUACAGAGCCAUCUCCACCAGGUACACGUUGCACUUUGAAAAGGCAAAGCAGGCAUGUAUCCAGAACAGUGCUGUCAUCGCUACUCCUGAACAGCUGCAGGCUGCCUAUGAUGAUGGGUUUGAUCAGUGUGAUGCCGGCUGGCUGGCUGAUCAGACUGUCAGGUACCCAAUGCACCAUCCCCGAGAGGGUUGCUAUGGUGACAAGGACGAGUUUCCUGGAGUGAGGACCUAUGGCAUUCGGGAGACAGACGAAACAUACGAUGUUUAUUGUUAUGCAGAGGAAAUGCAAGGUGAAGUCUUCUAUGCCACCUCCCCAGAGAAGUUCACCUUCCAGGAAGCCGCAGAGAAAUGCCUCAGUCUCGGGACCCGUUUGGCCACCACGGGAGAGCUGUACCUGGCAUGGAAGGGUGGCAUGGAUGUGUGCAGUGCAGGCUGGCUGGCAGACCGCAGCGUUCGGUAUCCCAUCUCCAAGGCACGUCCCAAUUGCGGCGGGAACCUGGUGGGGGUGCGGACAGUGUACCUCCAUGUCAAUCAGACGGGGUACCCUCACCCCCAUUCACGCUACGAUGCGAUCUGCUACACAGAUGAGGACUUUUUAGUCCCUGAAAACUUCACCAUCCAGACCGUCACCCAAACCGAAGUGGAGAUACCUCUUCCACACAAUGUCACAGAGGAGGAAGCCCGAGGCAGCAUUGCAACUCUAGAGCCAAUCGACUUCACACCCACUGCCUCAGAGCUAGAUGAAGGCUUCACAGUCACUCCAGAUCUCUUUGCCACUGGUAUCACUGCCGAGACAGCUUUCACAGAGGCAGAGAAUGUGACUGAAGAGGGAGUCACAGCUGUAUGGGUGACUCCUGAAGAGGUCACCACCUCGGUCCUGGACACUCUCUUCACCAGUUUGGCACCAGAGGUGAGCUCAGCGAAGGAGGACUUGGGGGCGACUGCCACGCCAGAACUAGAAUCUGCCUCAGUGGAAGAGACGAUUGUGCGUGUGACAGCCGCUCCUGAGAGCGGUCUCAUUCCUGAGCAACCCAUUUCUCCCACUGGUGUCGUGUUUCAUUACCGACCAGCCACCAGCAGGUAUUCCCUCACCUUCACCAAAGCCCAGCAGGCCUGCCUGGAUAACAACGCUGUCAUCGCCACACCCGAACAACUGCAGGCUGCCUACCAGGCUGGCUUUCAUCAGUGUGACGCCGGCUGGCUGCGGGAUCAGACUGUCAGAUACCCCAUUGUGACCCCACGGAAUCAAUGCGUAGGAGACAAGGACAGCUCCCCAGGCGUGCGGACGUAUGGCAUGCGCCCAGCUUCUGAGAUGUACGACGUGUACUGCUACAUUGACCGACUGAAGGGUGAGGUGUUCUUUGCAACCCAAGCAGAUCAGUUCACCCUCCUAGAAGCCCAGGAAUACUGUGAGAGCCAGAAUGCCACCCUGGCCUCUGUUGGGCAACUCCAUGCCGCCUGGAAGCUGGGCCUGGAUAGAUGCCGCGCUGGCUGGCUUGCUGAUGGCAGCAUCCGAUAUCCCAUUGUGACCCCACGUCCUGCUUGUGGGGGAGACAAACCUGGUGUGAGAACCAUCUACUUGCACCCCAACCAGACGGGAUUCCCUGACCCACUGUCAAGGCACCAUGCCUUCUGUUUCAGAGUCCUGCCAUCUCUGGACAAGGAGGAAUUUGUUGAGGAGCAGAUUGUAACCCAGGUGAUCCCUGGCUUGGAGGAAGUACCCUCUGGGGAGGAGCCAACUGUGGAAACGGAGUUUGCCACUGAACCUGAAAAUCAGACGGCGUGGGGAACAGAAGUCUUUCCAACUGACAUUUCCUUGCUAUCAGUGAGUCCAUCAGCUUUCCCCCCUAUUUCUGCAAUACCAGAUGAGCCCAGUGCAGAAACUUCUCUCAGUGGAGUGCCUUCAGGGGAGAUAUCUGUGUCUGGAGUACUUGAAACCAGUGGUGAACCAUCAGCUUCUGGGUGGAUACCUGGAGAAUCAGCUUCUGGAACAUUUGAACCUAGUGGAGAGCCCUCAGGGAUCGAAGAAAGCGGAGUGCCAUCUGUAGACCUGGAUUUCAGUGGACUUCCUUCUGGACUGCCAUCAGGGGAUGAAAGUGGGCUGCCCUCGGGCAUUAUUGAAGGCAGUGGGUUACCUUCUGGCGAGGAAGACCUAUUAGUAUCUGCUUCUGGAAUCCCAGACCUUAGUGGGGUAACAUCUGGACUGCAAGAAAUCAGUGGAAUUCCAGAAAUCAGUGGGCUACCUUCUGGAGAAGUCUCUGGUGUUGAGCUUACUAGUGGCCUGCCAUCUGGAGAGUAUGAUGAAAGUGGACUCCCAUCUGGUUUUCCAACUGUCUCUCUUGUGGAUACUACUUUGGUGGAAGUUGUAACAACAGUAGCAGAAAGUCAACUGGAAGGAAAAGGAACAAUUGGGGUCAGUGGAGAAGGAGACCUAUCAGGGUUACCCUCUGCUGAAUGGGACAUUAGUGGAAAAGUCAGUGGGUUGCCCUCAGGAGUUGAUAUCAGUGGAGCACCAUCUGGGAUACCUGAUAUCAGUGGAGCACCGUCUGGGAUACCAGAUAUCAGUGGGUUACCCUCAGGAAUCGAUUUCAGUGGAGCACCAUCCGGGAUACCAGAUAUCAGUGGAGCACCAUCUGGGAUACCCGAUAUCAGCGGCUUUCCCUCAGGAAUUGAUUUCAGUGGAGAACCAUCUGGGAUACCUGACAUAAGUGGCCUUGUAGACCUAAGUGGCCUUGUUUCUGGUGUUGAUAGAAGUGGAGAGCCCUCAGGCGUUACCUUUUUAAAUACCAGUUUGGUUGAAGUGACCACCCCAUCAGUUACGGAAGCAGAAGCAAAAAAGUUUUUGGAAAUCAGUGGAUUGCCCUCUGGGGACGAAGAUAUAUCAGGCACAGUGUCUGGAAUUUUAGAUGUUAGUGGUCAGCCUUCUGGGCAAAUAGACUUCAGUGGAGGGGUUUCUGGAGCUCCUGAAAUGAGUGGAUUUCCAAGUGGAGUAAUUGACAUCAGCGGAGAUACUUCUGGUGUUGAGGUUGUUAGCGGCCUGCCAUCUGGAGUUUAUGAUUAUAGUGGACUCCCAUCUGGCUUUCCCACUAUCUCUCUUGUGGAUACAACUUUAGUGGAAGUUGUAACUCAGACAUCUGUUGCACAAGAGGUAGGAGAAGGCCCAUCUGGGAUAUUAGAAAUCAGUGGACUUCCUUCAGGGGAAAGAGAAACAUCUGGAGAAGUGUCUGGAGUUAUGGAUAUUAGUGGGUUACCACCAGGGACAGUAGACAUCAGUGGAGAGCCAUCAGUCAUUCCAUAUUUUAGUGGAGAAAUUUCUGGAGUCACAGAGUUAAGUGGAGAGUCCUCAGCAGUGCCUGGAGUUAGUGGAGAGGCCUCCGGACUUCCAGAAGUCACCUUGGUCACUUCUGAUUUGGUGGAAGUUGUGACAAAACCAACAGUUUCACAGGAGCUAGGUGGAGAAACAGCUGUGACACUCCCCCAUAUUUUUGAGUCAAGUGGAGAUGGCUCUUCAUCUGGGGAAAUUGGUAGAGAGGCCUCUGCAUUUCCUGAAAUUACUGUAGAAACAUCUGGAUUUCAUGAAAUUAGCAUAGAAACAUCUACAGCUCCUGAAACUAAUGCUGAAACAUCUGCAUUGCCUGAAAUUACCAUAGAAAUUUCUACAGUUCAUGAAACCAGUGGUGAAACAUCUGCAGUAUCUGAAAUUAGCAUAGAGACUUCUACAGUACAUGAAACGAGUGACAAAAUAUCUGCAUUGCCUGAAAUUAGCAUAGAAACUUCUACAGUUUACAAAACCAGCGGUGAAACAUCUGUAUUGCCUGAAGUUAACAUAGAAACAUCUGGCAAAGCUGUGGUCAGUGGUGAAACUUCUGGAGCACCGGAAGAGAGGAGGGAAGAUUCUUCAGGAACACCCACAAACCCACUCCCAGAUGUUUCAGGGGAAACUUCUGCACCAGACGUUGUAAUUAGUACCAGUAUGCCAGACACUGAAUUAACACAAGAGCCCAUAGGUCCUGAAGAGGCCCGGCUUGAAAUACAGUCCUCUACUCCCAUGGUAUCAGAACAAGAGACCGAAAUAGCUGUUGUUCUAGAAACUUUAGAGAUAUCACCCACUGCCACUGCUAUCUUGCCUCAAGUUUCACCAGAAGCCACCGAUGUGCCAGAACCCACUGCAGAAGUCAUACCCAAGACAUGUGAUGAGAAGCCCUGUGGAGCUGGAACCUGCCAGGAAAGAGACGGAAACAUCACCUGCUUGUGCCCGCCGGGGUACAUGGGUGACCACUGUGAUAUAGACAUUGAUGAGUGCCACUCAAGCCCCUGUCUGAAUGGAGCUACCUGCGCUGAUGGCAUCGACUCUUUCAAAUGCUUAUGCCUUCCCAGCUACGGAGGGGACCUGUGUGAGAUCGACCUGGAGGACUGUGACGAGGGCUGGACCAAGUUCCAGGGCCAUUGUUACAAGCACUUUGAACAGAGAGAGACGUGGGUGGAAGCUGAGACCCGAUGCCGGGAACAUCAGUCCCACCUGAGCAGUAUCAUCACUCCAGAAGAACAAGAGUUUGUGAACAACUAUGCCCAGGAUUACCAGUGGAUCGGACUCAGUGACAGGGCUAUCGAGCACGACUUUCGCUGGUCUGAUGGAAACUCCCUUCAAUAUGAGAACUGGCGGCCCAACCAGCCCGACAACUUCUUUGCUGCAGGAGAGGAUUGUGUGGUGAUGAUCUGGCAUGAGCAAGGCGAGUGGAAUGAUGUCCCAUGCAACUAUCACCUCCCGUUCACGUGCAAGAAAGGAACAGUUGCCUGUGGGGACCCUCCUGUGGUAGAGAACGCCAGGACCUUUGGAAGGAAGAAGGACCGAUAUGAAAUAAACUCCAUGGUACGGUACCAGUGCAACCAGGGCUACAUACAACGCCACGUGCCCACAAUUCGGUGUCAGCCCAAUGGCCACUGGGAGGAACCACGGAUAGCCUGCAUAGAUCCCUCCAUCUACAAACGCAGACUACACAAGAGGAGCCCAAGGAAUCGGUCGAGAACCAAUGGCAGAGCCGCACAGACACCCACCCAUUAGAGAGAGGAGCGAGAGAUUUUACGGAAAUUAUAUUAGCAGAGGCAGUUUCUUCUUCUUGAUGUUGUUGUUGCUUUUUGUCAUAUAAGGAAAAAAAAUAUAUUAAAGAAAAAACCCCACCUUUGUGUAUAUAUAUAAAAAACAAACCAACCUCAGCGCACCAAAGCAAAGGGAAUUAGAUUCCAGCAUUUUGACUAGCCGUCCGGUUCCAAAUACCUUUGUGCCUUUGGGGAAGGGGUGGGAGGGUUGCAGAGGGCAGGGGGGUUAAGUUAAAUAAUAAAGAAGAUUAUUUUUUCCUGAUUUUAUCCACGAACAAUGUAAUUAUUUCUGUUAUUUAAUGGCUGGGGCGGAUGCCACCUUUGUUUUAUUUUAAAGAAUCCUUCCGCUGCUGCGGUACGGCGGGGGUGGAGGGGCACUCAGUAGAUGGGAAGUGUCGCUGAAUGUAUGAGGGGCAUGUAAAGUGGGGGAAUGGAAGGGAGAGAGUGAGAUGGAGGGACGAGGGGGGAGGGAAGCUAAAAAUCUGGGCCCAGAUGCCUCUUGGUUUUGGCCCCUCCCCUCUCUCCCACCGCUGGUUCCCGGACGCCGAGUCUCCCCAUCCCCAGGCCGCAUGGCGAAGCAGCUCCCAUCCUGUGAUGGCGCGCUCUUUCCGGGGGACCGUGCAGGGCACCAGGGUUCCCUGCACCUAUUUAUAUUUUUGAAACAUGAUGAUGAUGAUAAUGAUGAGAAAUGAUAAUAAAGAGAGAAAAAUUGGAAUAGUCUUUUUUUGGGGUGAGAGGGGUAAUUUAAAUGGCUUAGCCAAAGUCUCCAGGAUGCUGGUAGGAGCCUGUGUGUGCGUGUCCUGAAUUGCGCUUUUGCUCAUGACGAGGGGCGGGGAGAUCCAGUCUGGGAGGGGAGCUUUGGGGGUUUGUUCUUGUAAAAAGCAAAAAAAACAAAACAAAACCAAAAAAACCUUUUUUUAUUAUGUCUUGUGCCUAAACUGAGAACCUGACACACGGCAGUGCCUGCUGCUGUCAGCGCUAUUGUGAAACCUGGACAAUAAAACUGGUUGUAUUUUA